AUAAAACAUUAAACAGCUGAUGAGAGCAGUGCAGUUUCAGUUUCAGUGAUUGGGAUUUUCGAGUCGGUGAUUAUUGUGCACAGAAUAAGACUCACUCACUGAUAAUAAGCGUGGCCUGACUGGCAAGUAGUAUCAUUCCUUCUAACCCCUUGGUGAAAAAUGGCGGUCGUCAACCAGACCAACCAGUUUUACGAGGGCUGCGGUCGCGAGGGCCCUAUUCGGUGCAUUCUGCUGAGCGAAUUCCAUGCAGUGGCAGGCUCGAAAAUCAGCUGUCAGGUUCCCGAUAACUACAUUUCGAAGGAGGUGUUCGACUCGAUCCGAUUCUUCAUCAUUCCGAAGCCGCAACUGCAGCGCUGUACGCUGACUGUGAACGCUCUAGGUCACAAGGUGAUCGGUUACCCGGUUCGCAUCGAUCAUCAACGGUAUCCACGAAAUGCGUUCUACUUCAACCUGUGCUUCGUGUGCGAUAGCUGGGCACGUUCGGUCCAGUAUGAACCGGUCGUCAAGAAACUCUCCGAAUACCUUCUGAUGAUGGAGGAAGAGACUGCUUUCCUGUCCAAUCCGGAUAACAACUCCCGUAUUCAGAAUCUCCUGAUGAGCAUUCUGCGAGAUCUGAACGAGAAGCAAGUGGCGACGAUCGUCGAAGGCGAGACUACCAUCUACUUGAAAAUAUCCAAAUUGAAACCGGAUCCUCCACCGGUUCAGGACCAUCAGGUUCCGCUUCUUUGUAAAGGGUUCGAAAACAUUUCCCUGGAGUCUUGGGACCUGACAACCCAACAGGUAGUCCCCUUUAUCAACGGUAUCAGUCACGUGGCCCGGAUCGCUGCCGAAGCGGACGUCGAGAACCAACUCGUCAAAUCCUGCAUCCAGAAUCUAGUCUACUACGGAGUCGUCCAAUUGCUUCCCCUCCUCAAAUACAGCAACGUCUACAUGUGCACGAGAAAUCUCCAGAACCUCAGCAAAGACCACCAGUUCGCCGAGGACUGCCGCCGCUACGUACAGCUACUGCACGCGGAAAGUGAACCCAGACGACUGCCGUCCCUCCACAAAAUCCUCCAGCUGUACUCGCAGAUGACCCACGGGGUAACGCUGAGAGCCCUCUGCCAACGUCUUUGCCCCCGCGAUAACGGAAUCGACGAGCGCAAGCUGGUCACAUUUGGACUGCAACAUAACCUGAUACGGUGCAUCAACAAGUAUCCGAUCUUUACGGGGUCCUAUCCCAGUCCGAGACAUAAGCUGUACACCGGGCUGAACAGUUUGGAUGAGAUCUGCUGCAAAACGGGGCUGUCGCCCAGUCGGAUCGAGGAGGAUAUCGAUGUGGAUUCGAAUGUGACUGUCAUUUGGAAGUGAUAAGGAUAGAGUUUUUUGGUCGUUAUGUUGAAAUGUUUUUUUUUCUUUCAUUGUAAAAAUAUAUUGACAAUUUGUUUCGAAUAAUAAAAGCCUUGUGAAUUUUC